UGUCCACCUAUAUUUGAUAAUUUACUGUGUUGGGAUGAGGUACCGGCUGAUACUCUAGUUAGACAACACUGCCCUGGUUAUUACAAGGGAUUUGUCACCACAGAGUAUGCGUAUAAAAGAUGUACAGAGAAUGGUACGUGGUAUUCAUUACCCAAUAAAACCCGACCCUGGACCAAUUUUACCUUAUGUCAACCACCUAGAGGUACCUUUACAACCGGGGUAAAGGUAGAGAAGAAUCUAAGAUUAUUAUAUACCACUGGUUAUGGUUUAUCGUUAUUCUGUUUAGUUAUAGCUGUUAUUAUUAUGUUUUUCUGUAGGCAAGUUUUAACUUUUUCUCUUAUACCCUGUGCCAGUGAUUCCGGCGUCGGCUUUCAUGCCCCCUUCGUCUUUACCAGAACCAUAGCCAGAUUGCAAAGGCGUCGUUCCUCGUUGCUGACGGCCUUUCAUAACAGUCGACCCAGCUGUAAAUGGCAUUGGGAAUGUCGACUGAUCGUCAGCUUAUUUCAUUUUACUAUCUGCGCCUGUCACAUGUGGAUCUUUAUAGAGGGUUUAUAUUUAUAUAUGUUAAUACACAAACCAUUCUAUACAGGUCGGAAAGGAGUUAGUUUUUAUAUCAUCUUGGGCUGGACCCUACCAGUAUUAAAUAUCAUUCCAUGGGUAAUUGUUAAAACCACAUUAGAAAAUAUAUAUUGCUGGACGGUACAAGAAAAUGCGUAUUAUUUUUGGAUUUUAAAAGGUCCGGGAAUAAUCGUUAUUUUUGUAAACAUCUUCUUUUUUGUUGACAUCAUCAGAAUGCUGUGCAUGAGAAUGAGGUCGCGUGAUCAACAUAAUGGUCAAAGUUAUAGGUACGUAGAAAAACUGACCAAGUUCAUCCUAGUAUUAAUACCACUUUUUGGGGUCACCUAUAUCGCAUUUUACGCAGUUCAAGAGAAGGAGGGUCAUACCAAUAUACCUUAUCUAUACGCGGAAAUGACGUACAAUUCUUUUCAGGGUUUUAUUUUAUCGUUUCUCUUCUGUUUUCUCAAUGAAGACGUCCAUAAAGAACUACAGCGCGUGUGGCACAGACGUAAAAAUCGGAUGGGUGAUCACUUAAUGUUAACUCGUUCGACUUUAUUUUCAUCUUGGAAAAAGACAUCCUAUCCGCCACAUCGAGCUCAUUCUAACUUCCACUCUAGUCAGGAACAUGUCCACGAUCACAGAACUGUAGAACGACUAAUCGACCGGUCCGAUGAUCUUUAUAAACAUGCUUUAAAACGCAACGCAGUCGAGUUGGACAAAACGGACGUUUGA